GACUGGGGGAGGGAUGUGGGUGAAAGGAGGAGGGGAUCAAAGGGGGAAAUGUGUUAAUUUCCUUUAGAAAAGGAAGCAAAGUUAAUUAGGAUCCAGGAUAGAGAUACUAUGUGGGGGGAGAGUGGGGAUUUGUAGAUGUAUUAUAUUACUCAACUGGUGAAAGACAGUUGGUGUGGUCUAGACAUCCACCGCCCCCUUCCCCCACCCGCUGCCUAGCAGUGAGAACCCAGGUGUCCUGGCUACUUAACUUGACUGUCUUGCAAGCGGGCCUACGUGCAUCGACUCUGAAGUGAGCCCCACUGACCACAUCCUGCUUCCCAUCCGCAUUGCCACUCCCCAAAUAGAUUCUACUCCCCGACCCGAGAACCCAGGAGUCCUGCUUACCAUCCCCCCCACCCAAGCGUAUAGAUUUACCCAGCAGGGGAGGAGAGAGAAGUGAGACAGGAAGAAGGAGGGGGAGAGAGCUGCUAUAUAGGGGCACGACGGAGAGACAUCGCUGGCUACUAUACAAGCCGAGAUGCUGUGGUUGAUUGGUCUCCUCCUGGCUUUCCUCUGUCUGUGGAGCAUCCCCGAUGUGAGAGCAAGACCAUCUACUGCCCGGGAGAUGAGCAAGGGGAUGGAAUGGCUGACCCGUUUUGGCUACCUUCCUCCACCAGACCCCAUGGCAGCCCGUCUCCAAAGCCCAGAAGAAUUGACCAAUGCCAUCAGAACAAUGCAAAAAUUUGCAGGCCUGCCCAUGACUGGAGCACUGGAUGAGAAGACCCUGAAGAUGAUGAGCCAGCCUCGCUGCUCCCUUCCUGACAUCAUCGGCACCUCUGAGCUGAUGCGUCGCCGCCGGCGAAGAAGGAAACGUUAUGCUCUCAGCAGCUCGAUCUGGGGAAAGAAAGACUUGACGUGGCAUGUCCGUUCCUACCCCCAGUCCUCCAACCUGCCUCGCGAGAGCAUCCGUAAUCUUCUUUACUAUGCCUUUCGGGCCUGGAGCAAUGCCUCAGCCUUGACCUUCAAAGAAGCGAGCUCCGGACAAGCUGACAUCCUGGUGGACUUCAGCCGCUCCUAUCACGAAGACAGCUACCCCUUCGAUGGGCCCGGAGGCACCCUGGCCCAUGCUUUUUUCCCCGGUGAACACCCCAUCUCUGGUGACACUCAUUUUGAUGAUGAAGAAACAUGGAUAUAUGACCCAAAUAACAACUCACCAGGUCGUGGCACGGAUCUCUUUGCUGUAGCAGUGCAUGAAUUUGGCCAUGCUUUGGGGUUGGCCCACUCUUCUGUGAAGGAGUCCAUCAUGAUCCCAUAUUACCAGGGCCCUGUUGGAUUGCCCCACCUCUACCAGCUCCCGCUAGAUGAUGUUAUGGGGAUUGAACAGCUUUAUGGAAAGCCCCAUGCUGAUUCUCCUCCAGAUCGAGAUGGCCCAGCAUUGCCAGUUCCCACUGCAGCCCCCAUCCCCACCUAUGGGCCACGCCUGCCAUCACCUGAUCGUUGUAAGGCCCAUUUUGAUGCCAUCGCCAAUAUCCGUGGGGAAGUUUUCUUCUUCAAGAAUAAACAUUUCUGGAGGAUGCAACCUGCCCGUAACUUGGUUUCUCUGGAACCGGCACAGAUACUGCGGUUCUGGAAUGGACUCCCCCAGAAUUUCAAGGCCAUCGAUGCCGUGUACGAACGUGUUAAUGACAGCCAGAUUGUGUUCUUCAUUGGGUCCCAUUACUGGGUGUUCACUGAUACUCGAGUCAACCAAGGCUACCCCCGUCCCAUAUCCGACCUUGGCCUCCCUGCAAACACCAUCAUUGGGGCUGCAUUUGUGUGGCCUCAUAAUGGCAAGACUUACCUUUUAGAAAGGGACCAUUACUGGCGCUACGAUGAUCAGAUAGGACGCAUCGAGCCUGGGUAUCCCAAGCCUGUCACCCUUUGGAAAGGGGUACCUACUGACCUGGACGAUGUCAUUCGCUGGAAUGAUGGCAACACUUAUUUCUUCAAGGGCACAGAGUACUGGAGUUUUACUGGUGGCAGUGUGGAGUCAGACGCCGGUUACCCUCGUUCCACCGCCCAGAACUGGAUGCAUUGCCAGGGCCCUGCCACAACCUCCCCUCCCAGACGCGGGCAACGUGGAGAGGGGGGAAUGUGUCUCUGCACGGCAUCUGCCCAGAAGCUCAUCCCCCUGUUGGCUUGGAUCCUGCCUUUCAUUUGGACUUUGUGCUGACCCUUGACCAGCUUCGGAAUUAUGCACUUUAUAUACCAAUGGAGGGGAAUGGCUGGCAGAGAAAUCUUGUAUCCCCUUGGAAUGCCUGCAGAGUAACUACUUUGCUUUCCCUCCCUCCCUCCCUCCCUGGUGUCCUCAUGAAACUCCUCUUCCACCUCCCUUGGUCCCUCUGAACAUCCUUUCCUGCAACUCCAUACUUUAGGUUUUUGUUAGAGAGAGGUGCUGGGCCUUAAGCCUUCUUGCAAGCCAUGCCCACUGACUUGGCAAGCCCAUCCCCUAAUCUCAGGUGUGUGGCAAUGGUGUAUGAUUUCUCAGGGGUGAAGGAAAGGCACUCUGCAUAUGCUCAGGGAUGCUCUCCUUUGCAAUUACCUCAUGCACCACAAAGGCUGAAAUCAGGCUCAAAUCAAGCCAUACCAUAUGCCUUCAAGCUUCAGCUGCUGGCAGCUUUCCCCCUGCUUUGUAAUUUCAAGGAAAAACCAAGAUGUGAGCAUCUGGCUGCUAGCAGGAUUGUGGACUAGAUGAACUUUUGGUUUGAUUCAGCAGGGAUCUUCUGAUGUUCCAUGCCCAGAUGUGACUCGGGCACCUGCCCAGUAGAAAAGAGGAUGCUGUGGGGCCAGUGAGAAGAUACCCUUGUCAAGCAACUGAGGGGGAAGUAGGCGUAGGCCUUUGGAGCUUUUCUCCAUUAUGAGCAGGAGAAGAACAGUGGACCUGUCGGGGAGAGAAGUAGGCCCUCCUAUCUUCAGAAGCGAAGCGAUGCCUAGGAAGGCUGUGCUUCUGGGUGCCACUUGCUACACAGUGCUACACUGCCACUGAAAUGAUGUGCUUUUGUCUGAGUGGGGGAGGAGGGGGGGUGGGAGUAACUGCGAGCCACUCUGUGGAAGAUCUUGCCUGGACCUGCAGAGUGUGUGUUGGAGGUUUUCUAACUUGCUUUCAGAGCUAUGAUUCCAGAAAGAGACAAUAAGGUAAUGGAGCGGGGUGGUAGGGUAGAUAACCUAGGCUUGGAGGGAGGGAUGCACAAGUUGGAUAUACAUUGCCAUCAUUUUUUUAUAAUGAAAGCUAAAUGGAAACUA